AUGACCAUACCUCUAAAAGAGCAAUUGCUGAUUAGCAAUACUGGUUGUCUACGGUUUGUCUACACAGGCACUGCAAAGAAACCGAAGAAACAGAAAAGAACAAAGACAAAGAAACAAUUGAAAGGGAAGGAUAAGGCUAAGAAGUCGAAAAGCAAGAAGGACAAGAAGAGAAAGAAGAAAUCUUCAAAGAAAUCUAAAAGUGUGACAGAAAUUGACAUUGGAUCAGUCCCUACGGGAGACCUUAUGACAUUGCAGCCGUUUUGGGGAGACCAGAUGUCAGAUCUCCACACCUCCAUUCCCCUAACAGUGUUCGAUCAAAAUUUUGCUAGGGCUGACAAAGAUGAGCAUAAUCGUAACCACAACUCAACUUCCUCAAAGAACAAGACCAAUAAAGGCCUUAACGCCCCAUCAGAAUACCGCCUAACCUUCGGUGAAUGGUCAGAAUGCAUGAGUUUAUUUAGACAAUACCUGUCUAAAUACUACGGACAGAAACCCCUUGCGAAACGUUUGCAACUUCACAUCGAAAACGUCAAAUCCAUUAAACGUUCUACUGAGUGCUGGAUGACGGCUUUAAGAUACGACAUCCUAGUUCGAGAACAAGUCUUUGUGAAACGAGACGGGAAGACUCGAAUGAAGGACAUAGGAACCCGGAUGACCCAAUACAAAAACCAGGCCAAAGAUAAGUCACUCAGAUUAGGAGAAGCCAACUGUAGAGAUACGAACCCGUACGCCGGAGGCGGUCAAUUUGAAUCUCGUCACCCAGAAACAGGAGCCUUCAUGGAAAAUCAUCAUAUGAUCCUAAAAUUAUCCUGCACCCUGCCUGUAGUCAUCAUAAACCUCAGCAACCAUCUGGCAUCAGAAGCCAUAGCAGGCCUAACCAGGAAAGCCAACCCCUCAAACGCAAAAGAGGUAAACGCAGAGGACAUAACACACCUCAUCAACCAAUGGGACCUAGACCAACAAACGGUCAGCAAUCCCAACAUGCGACUCACCACCCACUCCCUCCAAACCCUACCUUGUAUCAAAAUCAACUUCCCCUCCCAGCAGCAGCACCAAUGGCGAACAACCGUUUCCCUAACAGAGGAAGUAGAGGUGGAUGGAGAGGAGGUAGAGGUGGAUAUCAUAACCAGCGAAAUGAGGGUUCAAUUAAUUUCACAAUCUACCAAGCAUAAUCAAUAA